UCGGGCAUUUCGAACAGUUACUUCAAGAACUGCAAGUGGAGGACGCUAGCUCCUUCAAAAAUUUCAUACGCAUGGAACCCAACAUGUUCAAGGAGCUCUUGGAUAGGGUUGGGCCCCACAUUGAGAAGCAGGACACUUUUUGGAGAAAAUCCUUGUCCCCUGGAUUGAGGCUCGCAAUAACUUUACGGUACCUGGCCACUGGAGAAAGCUACAAGAGCCUUCAGUAUGGAUUCCGAGUCGCCCAUAAUACUAUCUCCCUCAUUAUCCCAGAGACCUGCGAAGCCAUCUUUCAAGAAUACAAACAUGAGGUUUUGUCAUGCCCCAAGACGCCAGAUGAGUGGAAGAAAGUUGCCUCAUUGUUUAGUAAAAGGUGGCAUUUCCAUCACACAGUGGGUGCUCUGGACGGAAAGCAUAUCGCUAUCAGAUGCCCCCCAAAUGGAGGAUCACGUUAUUACAAUUAUAAAGGCUUCCACUCUAUUGUGUUAAUGGCAGUUGCAGAUGCAGACUACAAGUUUUUAUUCUGCGAUGUUGGUGCCACUGGCUGCUCCUCUGAUGGGGGGAUAUUUUCUGCUACGACGCUCAGAGAGGCAUUGGAGAAGAACACCAUUGGACUGCCUGCUCCUGAACCUCUACCUGGCGACGACAAACCUAUCCCCUUUUUCCUGGUUGGUGAUGAUGCCUUUCCGCUGAGGGAAUGGAUGAUGAAACCCUUCCCCAGUCGCAACCUUGGAAGACCAGAGCGCAUCUUCAACUAUCGACUCUCCAGGGCACGGCGCAUUAUUGAAAACGCGUUCGGGAUCAUGGCCAGCAGAUUCAGAUGCCUGCUGACGACUAUUCCCCUCCAUCCCUGUCGAGUUGAGUCGGUUGUUCUGGCAUGCUGCACUCUGCACAACCUCAUGAGGGUCAGAUACCGUUCACAUCAUGACACACUCAUGGAUGAGGAGGACCCACAAUCUCACGCAGUAACUCCUGGAGCGUGGCGUGAUGGCGACGUCCUUACCAGCCUUGAACCACUCACAAGGAACACUGCAAACACACCUGGCAAGGCACUUCGCAGUUACCUGAGGGGUUAUGUUUGUUCACCUGCAGGAAGUGUCCCUUGGCAGGAGGAUAAGAUUUGAAUGAACAGCUCGUGUGUCUCCUCCCCCACAACCUUGCGCCUUUUUC